GGGUAUAUAUCUGCCGGCCGGCGUCCAUAAUACCAUCAGUGUCAGUUUGUUCACCAAGCCGGUAACACCACAGACUCGUAGAACCAGUUAAACAUGCCGAAAUACGUAUUCACCUACUUUAAUGGAAAGGGUUUGGGUGAGCCAUCGCGUCUGCUGCUGGCUUUCGGUGAUGAAGGAUUUGAAGACCAUCGAGUAGCCGAAAAAGACUGGCCGAAAUAUCAGCCAAAAACUCCAUUCGGGCAGAUGCCAAUGCUGGAGUUCGACGGCAAGACGUACGCUCAGAGUCUGUCCAUCGCUCGGUACCUUGGCAAGAAGUACGGUCUGGCUGGAGACUCCCUAGAGGAUGCCUUGGAGAUCGACCAGAACGUCGACCUCAUCAACGACCUUCGUUCAAAAGGUGCAAUUGCACACUAUGAAGAAGACGAGGCAGUGAAGAAGACAAAAUACGCUGAAUUCAACAAGAAUGACUUCCCUAACUUGUUGAAGAAUCUGAAUGAAAUCAUCACUAAGAACAACGGCCAUAUUGCCCUUGGAAAGCUGACUUGGGGAGAUUUUGUCUUCGCGGGUAUGUUUGACUACAUCAAGAACUUGUUGGUUGUACCUGAUCUGGAGAAGAAGUACCCAGCAUUCCAGAAGGUCGUGGACAACGUGUACUCCAUUCCCAAGGUCAAGGCCUACGCGGAUGCUGUGGGACCCACGGAAUUCUAAAUUCAGUACCAAAGAAAUUGCAUUUAUUUGAUGAAUAAAUUGUUGGUAUGAAUUUGCUUUUUUGCACUGUUUGAAAACAUUUUGUACCAAGACUGGACUUAUUGAGAAAAGAGACAGGGUCUUAUAUUUUGUACAUAAUAUAUUUAUAAGUAUUUAGCUCUUGUAUAUUUUAAAUAAAUAAGUAACCAAGAAUUUA